CGAGUGAGGAGGAAAGGGGAUGGUCUGUUUCCUCAGGAAAAAGCACCAUCUUGUACUAUAAUACAGUGCUGCCAGGAAGCAGAGAAGCCCCAGAGUUUGGUUGAACCUCAGAGGAGACGCACGCAAAGCGUAUUCAGAGACGGCAGCACAUAGAUCAGUUAUGCCGCUGCACUGAAGCUGAGAGACCCCUUCUGGACUAUACAGGAAUUCCACGUCUUGGAGGCAGAAUGCCUAUUCUCAAGAAUCUGCCUGGCAGGCUGAAAGGGAGCAGGUUGAACGGAGAGCUGGAGAACUCGCGCGGGGAGCUGAUAUUGCGCAAAAUGAGCCUGAACCUUAACCCGUUCCAUGAGUCAGGUAGUGAGGAGGCGUGGGGCGAGGGGAAUAAUUCCUUCCUGGAGGGGGGCGGCCCCGGGGAUCGUAACCCCUUUGGAGAUGAGGAGGAUGAGAAUGAGGCCAACGAAGGGCGGCGCAGUGGUACAGUGAAGAGCGGAUCCCUGAGAGGCACGCUGGACCGCAUCCGUGGUUCGUCUCCGCUCAAGACUCUCGGCAAGCUGGGCAAAGGACUACGGAUGUCGGGUCGCAGCAAAGGAUUUGGGACUCCGUCCCCGCAGGGGUCCGUCGGGACCCCGUCAUCUCUGGAGAAGAAAAAGAAAUGCAGACGCAGCUCCGAGGGAAGCCUGCUCAGGAUGGUUGGUCGAUGUAGAGAGAGCCUUCGCAAAGAGAGCCUGCCCAAUGGGGACCUGAACGGCGACAGCGACGGCGAUUCCAGCCGGCGCCUGUCCUUCAUGAAGAUGAUGUGCCAGGGCAAGCUGAAGAGGGAGUCACUGGCGGACUCGGCAUCCAGAGGAGCUGAGGAUGAGGUGGUGGAGGAGGUGCCAGAGGUCAAACCUAGGGAGCCUCUCUCAGUUCUGGAGAUCUUGCAGCUGGUGAAUAAGCGGGACCUCUUCCUGGCUGACACCCACAUCUUGGAACUGGAGCAGGAGUGCGAGGAGGUGCUGUCUGUAGGCUCCCCAGGAAGUGCCGCUGAGGAGGUCACCAGCCCCGGCAGCAAGGACGGAGGCAGGCGCAAGGUCAAGGAUGUGGAGCUGCUGUACGAGGCUCUGCAGAAAGAGCUGUGGGACGUGGUGCGUGAAUCGCUGCGCUCACCCACAGCCGGGCCCAAUCUGGGUUUGGUGGUGCAGGUCCUGGAACAGGAGGAGCAGGCAGACCGCAACUGGGCCCAGAGAGACAGUGCACCGACGGGCCCAAGGCCCCGACAGCUCAAGAAACGCUGGAAAGAAGCGGUGGCAGAAGCCGCCGACGGGAGCUUACCCCAGCAGAUAGAAGCACAGACUGGGCAGCUGGCAUCGUUCCUAGACCAGCUGCGCUCCCGUGUGGUGGAGGACCUGGGCGCAGCAUGCCGGAAUGUAGUGUCUAUCUACCCUGAGGAGUAUGGUGCUUUCCACGUCUACGUGCAAAGUUAUCACCAGGCUGUGGCACAACGGCUUCAGGAGAUAACUUCCAGGUCACUGCAAAUCACUGACACCUACUCUCUCCUGGACUGGAUAUACAAUAUAUACAACAGAGAUGUUCUUGGGGUGGUCAGUAUAACUCACCCUAUUAACCGCAGCCAGCUUGGGCCACUGCUGCCUUCAGAGACCGUGGAUAAACUGGAACUGGAUUGUCUCAACUCUGUCCGGGCUAAGGUGACCACAGAACUGUCUCAGGUCCUGGAUGAGGAGGAGAAAAGGUGGACGGAGACACUGAACAUUGAGGAAUUCCAGUCACCUUUGGCGCGCAUUGUCAUUCAGAGAUUGCAGGUGGACCUAGACAGAUCUGCAGCUAUUAACAGAGACCUGGGGGCUAGGGUGGCACAGUGCAGUCUUAACGGACUGGCCGAUUUCCUGUACAGCUUCCAAAGAAAAGUAGAGAUGUUUCAUGAACGCUUUAUGAGUGAGAGUGGCGAGUGGAGCGAUGGAUACGUCUCCAAGACUAUCGCCCUGGUUAACUGCUGCCCGCCGUUCAGGAACUUCAUCCAGCGCUGCAGGCAGUGCGAGCCUGCCGUAAGUGAGGAUUCAGCACGGAGAGCUAAUGUGUCACUGGACAAAAUUGUGAACCAAGGACUGAAGGUGCUGAGUGACAGGCUGUACGAGAACAUUAGGCCCUUCUUCGACAAGCUGGUGAAAAGGAAAUGGCUGAAUAACACAGAUCACUAUGAAGCAAUUGAAUCUAUCAUCAAGGAACAUUUUAAGAAAUUCCGUCGAAUGGAUUGCCCUCCCUAUCAGACUUUGGUGACUGAGGUGCACAGGAGGGUCCUGAUUGAAUAUCUGCGUGCUAUAAUGAGAGGAAGGAUCAUCUGCACAUCGCUCAAAAUGAGGAAGAAGAUGGCCAGCAGACUGCGUGAUGAAGGCAGACAGCUCAAAGUGCUCUUUAAGGACCUGGAGUCUGGUGCUUCAUGGCUGGACACCGCAGUCCCACACCUAUCAGAGAUCAUUCUUCUGGAGGACACGCCCUCAAUCCAGAUGGAAGUGGGAGUCUUGGUGAGGGAGUUCCCAGACAUACGGAAAAAACACAUAUCUGCAAUUUUGAACAUCCGCGGAAUGACGCGGCAGGCGGAGCGGCAAGAAAUUUUGAACAUCGUGAAGGAUAUCGAGAACAGUGAUAGCCUCACCCAGCUGUCCCGUGACCGAGCUCUCUUUUCUGAGGUUCCGGUGACUUCCGAGGUGCACUGUGUCAAUGUGGGUCUGAGCCGGAUUGCUCUUACUGCAUCCUCUUGCUUUUCUGGUCUUCGAGCACAACGUAAGAGGGUCCCCAGGAGGGACAUACACGAUGGGAUGCUGUAGCGGAAAUCACUAGAGCAGCAACUCAAUUUUUUUCUGGGAUGCAACACAUCAUAUAAAAACUGAACUGAAAACCAGCUGAAGAUUAUAUUAACGUCAGAAUAUUCUAAGGUAUUUCACCAAAGAUAAACACUUUCAUUGACAUAAUAACAGAUAUGCAUUGUUUUCUUCUCGCACAUCAAUGGAUGUGGCCUGUCGUGUUUUCUGUCAUGAGGCCAUUUAGACUUGACAAUUUUCUGCCACCUUUCAGUUGCCAAAAACCAAAGGCAAUAAGUCAGGCACAACUAAGACAAUAUAUUUAAACUGUGUUUGAGUUCUUGCAUGGAAUAAGGUGCUGCCUUCAAUUAGAAAUGUCAAUUUUUAUCAGGGAUUCAAAAUGCUAUUUUCCAUUCACUGAAAAAUAUUUGCCUAAAUACAUAAUGAAUUGUGUUAUCACACCAAUGAUUUAUGUGCUGCUGCAAUAUAAUACUUUUUUGGUAAUGGCUUAAUUAAGGUACUAAUUAGUGUAAUGUAUCUUUUAAUUGCUUUUAAAUGAUUAGAUGCAUUGCUACAUACUGGUGUUCGCUUUUGUUAUAAUAGUAAAUAUGAACUUUUGAAAACCAGAAAUUAUUCUUAUACUCAUGGGUGGAUGGGAACAAGAAUACAACUAUUUAUAUGCAAACUGGAAGUCUUUAUUGUCAUAUUUAUUGCUUUUCAGUCUGACUUUUUAAAUUACAGUCAGACUCUAAGAAAUGAUUUAUGAAAAUGUACAGGGGUUUUCCCAUCUGAAUUACAACGCAUUAUAAAAUCAGUGGUAACAGUGUCGGAAAACUAUAUUAAAAGUCGUAAUGAAAAAAACUUUUAGCUGUGUAUGACUUACAAAUGAUUUAUUUCAGGUUAUUCGUGUAAGGACAAAUAAUUAAAAUGUCAAAUGAUACCUAAACUCAUUACAUACUUUUUGGGAGAGGGACAUUUGUUGUUUUAUGUUCAAGAUGUCAUUAAGUGGUAUGUUUAUUGAGAGGUGCAUAAAAUGGAAUUACUUUGUUUAGUCCAAAAAUGAGAUGAUUUCUUAUAAACCAAAUAUUUGUAUAUAAUGAAAAAUACAAUUUAAAGACUUGAUUCUUCUAUAAACUUUAUUUCUAAACACAAUAUCCUUUCUCUUUUUUGGGGGGCAUGGCGGGUAAAGAGAGUCUUUGUAUACACUUCAGAAUAUAACUUUGAUCUGUAGCCAUUGUAUAAAAAUUGUACAAUGAAAGUGGAGCCGAAUGUGUGAAAGAAUGUGAAAUUCCUUUGUCCUGGUUUUAAAUGGCUGGUGUAAUAAAUGAGACAGGAAUUUG